AGCGUAACAUCGUAUCACAGAGGAUAUCCAGUAUCUACUCUGUGAUCGUAUGUUUCUCACCGUAAAAUGUCGGACAUGUUUGUAUGCGAAGUUGUUUUUAGUUGAAAAUAAGAAAAGAGGUUUAGCACGGUUAAUAGAUAUUAGAUGAGGGCAAAUUACCAAGUACUGAGAGAAGUUACUAUAAAAUGGCAAAUUCGUUUCCUUUGGUGUUAGAUCGCGUUUGUCGUCCAACAACUUUAAAUUUUUGCAUUCGUGCAUUGUGCUUGUUCAUCGUAGGCAUAUCAAUCUCUUGCGUUUUGAAUGUUAUGUUAAUUUUACCUGAGUUACGGCGCAAAGUUGUGUACGAAAGAGAUCUUUUGGAGAGACUUUAUGCAACGAUGUGGUGGUUUGCGCCUUCAUGUGGACUCGCAUCAUCUUUAAUCGGAUUGAUCUACCCAUGUAUGGACUCACGUUUAGGCGAGCCACAUCAUCUCAGAACUGAAUGGUCUAGUGUUGUACGUUGUAGUGCUGUCUUUAUCGGAAUAAUCCAUGCUGUUGUCGUAUCCUUUGAAAUUAAUAAAUUAUUUGAUAUUUUCUAUUUCUAUAACCCAGUUAUUCAAGGUCCUUUUAUACUAUAUUCAAGACAUUUUUUUAAUAUUUUAAUAAUUAGCCUUGAUUUUAUAUUUAAUUAUUUUAGCACUAAACGUUGCACAAAAUAGCAAUUAGUAUUUUUUAUGACAGCAGUGGCGACUAUAUCAUGCUAAAUAUUUUGAGUGCCAGAGGUGCGAGCAAUCUAGGAAGGUCGGCAGCAUGCUCCCCAUGGCUGGAUUUUGAGGGGAGGUGCGGUGCUUCCCUGAUAUUGUUUUCCACCUCCCCUGAGAUUUUUGCACCUCCCCUGAAAAGUCAUGCAUGUCCCUUUGGGAAAGGUUAUAUGAGUGAUCAAAGUGAAAAUUUGACAAAUUUUUAAGUGUUGCCAAUAGCUAGGGUGUACACUUGGUGGUUAAAGUGCCUAUCACAUGAAAUUUCACCCCAAAGGUUUAUGGUUGCAUUGUAAAGAUCACUUAAAAUGACUUUUAUAGAAUUUUGGUAACUUGCUGCCUUUUUAAGAUAUUGAACUGUGUUUCAUUUAACAAAUAUAAAACAUUUUCCGUGUUGAUAUACAGUUAUAUCAACACGAGUGGAAAUUGGGAAAACGAGAAAUUGUGUGGAAACACGACGCCCGAAGGGCGGAGUGUUUUCACACAAUUUCGAGUUUUCCCAACUUCCACGAGUGUUGAUAUAACUAUAUAUCAAUACGGAAAAAAUGUUUUAUAUUUGUUUUAUAAUAUAGCAAUGUUAAAAGCCCGAAGAAUAAGAACAAUUUCCGUGUUACAAGCGGCGGAAAAUUUCCCGUGUUGACAUGGAGUUAUAUCAACACGGCUCUUAGCCAAUCAGCGUUCAGAAUUUACAAAUGCUAUAUUAUAAAUGCAAAUAUCACCGGUGUGACAUCACAUCACAUAAUGAGUUUUCAGAAAAGUAUAGUUUUCUUGACGAAUAUGUAUCUAAAAAACUUAAAAAUUACCCUUGUAUAUGUAUUAAUUUCAUUACUGGUAAUUAACCCUUUGUUUUGUAAAAAUAUUUUAUCAAGGUAAAAUAUUGCAUUUUCAAAAUGUCAUGCAAUGUGAUGUCACACCGGUGAUAUUUGCAUAUGAAACAAAGUUGAAUAUCUUGCAAAGGAACAAAUUACCAAAAUUCUAUAAAAGAAAUUAAUAAUUAUUAAGUCAUUUUAAGUGAUCUUUACAAUGCAAUCAUAAACAUUUGGGGUGAAAUUUUAUGUCAUAGGCACUUUAAUUAAAGAUUAUUGUUCCUUGACAGUUUCAACAGAAAUUACGAUUUGAAAGUGAUAUCCACCUGUUUAUCACUGUUGCUGCAUUCUCAAUUUUAUUGUGGUGGUACUUUGAUCGAUCAAAAAAUGGCUUUGGACUUGCACUUUUUGUAGCAAUUUUUGCAACAACCAGUGUAUGGUUUCUGGGCUCGCACAGUGUGUACAGGUAGGAAUUAGCAAAAUGCAAAUUCAUUAUUUUUAUAUUUUAUUUCAAAAGGUUUUUAUGCUAAUAAUAUCCAUAAAAAUGUUUCUCGACUGUGAUUGGUUAAUUUCAGUGCAGUUAAUCUCGAACAGUGCAAAAUCUAUAACAGUAGUGCAAAAAUCUAUAACAAACAGUAACAGAUCUGAUUGGUGGGAAAAACAAUGAGAUCUAACAUCAACCAGUCAGCUUAAAGCAGUUGUCAACUAACGUUCACAGAUUGCUUCAAAACAAUUAAUAAAAACAAACAUGGCGACUGUGCUACAUAAGUGAAAGUUAGAUAGAAAAUAUGGCAUCUAGCUUUUUUUGAAAGACUUUACCUCAGACAAGACUAACAAAACUUACAUAGUUGAGUGAAAUUUACAAGUGUUAGCAUUGUGUGCGAUAUGAUAUAACAAAGCAGGAAAACUUUGUCAGUGGACAGUUUGCUAUAUUAUGUAAGUUAACCCAUUGAGUGGCAGCACUCUCCACUUGACGAGUAAAAUCGUCUGGCUUUAGACAGAGUAAAAUACUAAAGUAGGGUGCAUCGGGGUGCAUUGCCACUUAAAGGGUUAAGAGAAUGCAAUGGGCACUUUGUUUGGUUAACCCAUUGAGUGGCAGCACUCUCCACUUGACAAGUAAAGUCAUCUGGCAUUAGACAGAGUAAAAUGCUAAAGUAGGGUGCAUCGGUGCAUUGCCACUUAAAAAAAUACAAUUGUCUUGAACAUUUUUGUGUACUGUGUAUUAUUAAUAUGUAAUAGAAUGGUUUCUUGUGAAAUUUGGAUAAAACAUGCACUCGUGAGUUUUUCAAAGACCUCUCGUCUCAUCCUUUGGACUUGUGCUAUUUUGAUGCUCUUUGAAAAACUCAUUUGUUCAUGUUUUACCCAAAUUGCACUUGAAACCAUCCUAUUCCCUAUAUACUGUACUAAUACCAUCUGGCUACUAAUCACAAUGAGCCUAUAAUAUUAGUUGUAUUCGGAUGAUCAGAAAUUUGUUGCCAAUUCAGUCAUUUCAUCAAAUUAUUAAAACCAUAUCGUUGCUACAAUACUGUAGUUUUAAAGUUGUUUUUAUUUUCAUUGGACCAUUCAGUCAAGCUGACACUGGGCUACUCUAUUAAUACCAGACAGUUAAACUUGUCAGUUACUCUUGGAUGUUAAAGAUUAUGCAGACCUCUCUUUUCCCACUACCGUACUGAAAUCCUUGUCAACAAUCAGUUUGUCAACUUGUUAACAACAAUUUUGCUGCCUUUCCUAUUGUUCUAUUAUAGGCAGCCCAGCAAAAUGUGUAAAAAUGCAUUAAACACUUAAAAAUACGUAUAAAGUUCGUCUCAAUUUGCUAUCAAGCGAUUUAUUUGUGUUGCUCAUUAUACAUGCAGAUUCCGAUCUUUACGUACGUAAACAUCGGAAUCUGCAUGUAUAAUGAGCUACACAAAUAAAUCGCUUGAUAGCAAAUUGAGACAAACUUUAUACGUAUUUUUAAGCGUUUAAUGCAUUUUUACACAUUUUGCUGGGCUGCCUAUGGUUCUAUUGAGGCAUUUGGCAUUUAAAACUUAAAAGUAAUGUGUUUGUUUUUAGUUUAUUUUUCAGUGAGAAAAUGGCAUUGGUUAACCAGUUAUGGGUUCCAUGUUUAUUCUUUUCUGGUGGUAUUACAGUGGGCAAGAUUGGACGACAAUUGGCACUGCUUGAGUAUGCACCAGCAAAGAAACAGCAUGCUGAUUGAGACUGUAGAAUAUUAUUGAACCUGUGAAAAUAUUAUAGAACCUGUAAAUAGUCACCAAUCUGCUUAUCGUAUUAAUCACAAUCUCAUCUACAUAUAUUAUCUAGUAUUUUAAUUAACAUCUGACAUUCUGCAAUAUUGCGGUAGGCACGUUACUAAAAUGGGUAGCUGGACUAUCCUGAAGUGUUAUGUGCAAAAUAAUGUCAAAUAUGUACAUUGUGUGGUUCCUUGGAAGAGCAAUAUAGCAGACAUGCACAACAGAAAAUGUCUUUCAUAAAGAUGGUACCUAAACAGAGGGUGGCCAAGUAAGGGAGUUAUAAAAUCGGGAAAUAAUUACUCCACCAUCCAUUAACCCAUUUUAACCCAUUGCAGCUUAAUGAGUUGAAAGCAAGGCAAACAGUGGUCUUGACUGUUGCCAGAAUUUAGAUGAAAGAAUGACAUUGAAAUAUUUUAUUCAUUUAUUAACAAAAUACGACAAGGAAAAAACUAAGAAUUGGAGCACUACAAUUUUCAAUCCAAAUAAUAACAGGCCAAUCCAGUGUCAGUGAAUAUUAACCCUUUAGAGACCAUUCAUUUUUAUCAGGAGGGUACCCAAUGUGCCCUGUGGUACCCUAUCUUUUUAUUUUACUCUAAUUCCAGAUUACAGUAUUUUAUUCUGUCUAACACCAGAUGAUUUUACUUGUCAUGGGAAGUGCUUGCCACUUUGGGGUUAAUGGUGUGUAUGUUUAAUCCAUUGAGCGCUGGUGCUUUCCCUUUGGUGAGUAAAAUCAUCUGGUGUUAGACAGAGUAAGAGAGUCUGGCAUUAGACUGAAUAAAUAAUAAAGUAGGGGCACAUUAGGGUGCAAUGCAACUUAAUGGGCUAAUUGAACAAUUCUGUUUUACUGUCCACUUCAGUGUCUUUGGUUGCCAUCUUUUUGAAAAGUGUCUUUAUCAAUUAUAUAGAUUGUGUGUGUGUAUAUAUAUAUAUAUAUAUACGAUUUUUAUUAUUGAUCAUAUGUUUAACAAUAUCCUUAUAUGCAUCUGGUAUGCAGUACUCACACAAAUGUCUGUACUGAGACAGUGAGCUACAGGUAUUUUAUUUUGGUUGGUUUCUGUUAGUGAUUUGUAUCUAGACAUUUCUGUAUGGUUAAAUUUUAACUAAAUCUGUAUAAAGGGUUAAGUCCUUAAUGAGCGGGAAUAGUGUCUAUUAAAUGUCGUAAAAUCUCUUAAUCCUCACAAAGUACAGUCUUACGGGGGAGGGCGUUGGUUGUCAAAACAACCUUGCUCUUUGCCUGUGCACUGACUGCUCAGGCUACCUUGAUUGUCCUUUAUUGCAUAGGGUGGAACUACACUUUCCUGAUGUAGUACGCUAUGCUUACAGAGAACAGAGGUUUUUAAAGACAUUCAGAUAUCAUUCUAGCUCACAAAGGAUCUUCAUACAAUCAUUUACACACGCUUACAUGUGGCUGGUCCAUUUGUACAGGUCAAGUAAUGAUGGAUGAUGUAAGAGUAACCCAUACUGUACAUCCGUAAUGAACAAAUUAUAUUCAUUAAAUAUUCACUGUUGG